UUUGACGACGAGAUGGCGCCGGAAAAUGGGCUCCGAUCGGCGACUGCGAUUCAGUCCAGGGAUCAUAUUGCUCAUAAUCUUCUCCACCAUGGCCUUGCCGGCACUGGCUUCCUCUAGUGAAGAAAAUUUCUCAAGUUCCUCUUAAUUUUUUUUUAUUUCCAUUGUUUUUGGCUAUAAUAUAAAUUGCUAUAGUCAUGUUUAAAAUAAGGUAAUUAUACUUGUAAGUUGGUGGUGAUUUUCCCAUCAUGGAAAACAAAAAAUCGUUAGUUUAGGUGAUUUUUAGUGGUUAGUGGUGCUGGUAUUAGGAUUUAUGGAUAUGUAAUCCAGCCAUGUUUCAAGUUAUAGAGUUAUAAUUGAUACAUAUUUCUUAUGUGAAAUUAUACUUCAAACAUCAAAAUUCCAAUCAAUAUAUAAGUGGGUUUUGGCAA